AUGCACAGACUAAGGAUCAAACGUUUGGUGAACGUCGCAAAAGCCGCGCCGUGUCCUCUUGAAGAAACACCGGUAAGAAAAUUUGAAAUAGCAAAAUAACUGUGUGCUUGCAGAAGCGCACUCCGAAGAGCCUGUCGUACGUACUUGGGAAUGCGCAGAAAACGUCAAAUCCGUCUUCGCACCGUUCAUCAGCAAUUCGGCGAUAGAAGAGAAAGAACCGUCCGGCGUAUGUUCCGUUCACAAUCGAUGGGAUCCGAUUUCCUUUGGACUGAAUAACAUGUACGACUUCAAAACUGGAAUGUAUUUUUCUAGAGCCGUGUGUGAUGUAAGCUAUGAAACUUUGACAAAUCCGAAAAGUGAGCAGUUUAGGAGAACCUGAAGAAGAUGGUUCGAAACGACAAAGAGCUGGACUACGUUCCGUUCUUGGAGAUGGCGAGCUACUUUCACGGUAAAGACGAAAACAUAGAGAAAUUUGCUGUCGGCGUAGCCGUUCAAACUGCACACGUACGUUGCCGAAAUCGUGAUUUCAUCAAAACAACGUUCACUUUCCAGACAAAUCAAACGCGAAAUAAGCUUAAGGCACUCGAUCGAGCUUCGGAGAAGCAACGUUUUGAUGACGAUGCACUCGUUAUCAAAGCCAUCGGCUUCAAUUUGGCAGUCGCUCGUGCAGCAGAAAAUGAUGUCUAUCUUCCAAGCCGUCGAUAUUUCAAGAUUUCCGACACUAUUUCGACGCGUGAAGCGGCGAACUGGACAAGUUCAUUGUAUGAUAGACACGGAAAGUCUGUCCUCCGUUGCAUUUUGAGCAAGGUGAACAAAGUUACUUGACUGCUUAUUGCAUUUUUCUUUCAGGUAUCGAUCGCAGUACGAUCCGUUCUUCUGCUGCUACACGGCAGCUCGCCAUUCUAA